AUGGCAUCAUUCUUCGGCGCACUACUUCGACUACUCUUUAAGAAGAGGCAACAAGAAGGCCAUAUAGAUGAGGAGCAAGGAGCACAGAAUGCCACGGAGGCGGCGGGUGUCGGCUCGACUCCUACCCCGACGUUGGGGACUAACUCUAAUAUUCUCCCCCAUACUCAUCAAAGCUACCUCGUACCCGAGGACAACCGUCUUACCCUCUUCCGCCUUAUGGUGGGCAUUAGUACUUCGCCGUAUCUCGGCUACAGCGAGACUAGCCCCGUGGGAACCCGCCCGGCCGCCAAUAUCGGCAUAUACGCGCGUGUCGUACACUCAGAACAGAAGUCUAAGGACCGCUACAAAGUAUUUUCAAUCCUUAUCAACGCGUGCUACUUCUUCCAGAUUGUGGUAGCAGCAUCGAUCACGGCCAUGGGCGCAGCAGGAGUUAGUCACGGGGCGGUCACGGCCUUCGGCGCCAUUAACACCAUCAUUGCCGGACUCUUGACUUUCCUAAAGGGCAGCGGGUUGCCGGCACGUCUUAAGUACUACGGAAACGAGUGGAAGAAGAUACGUGAAUAUAUCGAACAGCGCGAGCGUGACUUCUCCCGUACGGGCUGUACACUUGACGUUUACGAAGUUGUCGCAGCCAUAGACCGAAUGUAUAAUCACACCAAGCAAGAAAUCGAAAUGAAUACACCGGAUAGUUACACAUCGGUAACAAGGAAUGUGCGAAACUUCAGAGACAGCAGCGAUAAUAUUGUGGACAUCUCGAGGAUGGACGGCCUAGCGCACAAACUGGCAGCGAAUUUGGAAACCAAGGCGCAGGAUGUUACGAAUCACGUUCGCGAGCGAGGAGGGCAGAUGCAAGAGGCUGCUGCUAGGGAAGUCGAGCGCCACGCGGCAUAUCUAGAUCGCGAGGUCGCGGAGCGGCGCGCACAGGCAGUUCGAGCAGUCGAUGAAAGCCAACGUGAGAUAUCGAACCAGAAGGAUCGGAUAGAACAGGCUGGAGCACAAGUCGUGAGAGACGUGGACGAGACGCAGAGGGCGGCGGUAGGGGAAAUGAGAGCAGCGGCCUCUGCUCAGGUGCAGAGAGUUGCCGACAAGAUAGGCCAGCAAGGCCAGCAUCACGAUCCAAGACACGAAGAAGAUGAGAAGUAA